CAGAAACCAAUGAUUUGUUCGUGAUUCUAGUUUAUAUCAAUACAAACCAAAGAUCGACAGACAUCUGAAUUGUAUAUUCUGUUCAAUCAAUCUCCUUUUAUCAACAGAAAUCAACAAACUCCCACUAGAGAGUAAUGAAAGUAAAGAUAUCAAAUCAAGUUUUGAGAUUAUUCAGUCCUUCUGAAAAUAGCCGGAAAAAGGGUCCGGAACCGGGGAUCGAGCCCUUCUUUUCUUUGAAGCUACACGUGCCGUGUUUUGUCUUUUUAGAACAACUCACUGCAUAUUUAACUUUUAUCCCACAAAGACAACAGAUAUCAAAGCAACCAGCAUUAUCAAGGUCAUUGAGAAGCAACAGCAAUACAAUUGAAGAUACUAUUGGAGAUACUAUUGAAGAUAGAAUUGGAAGUGGUGAAUUGAAAUCAUAGAGCUUGUGUACUAGUGUUGAAAAUUCUCUGGUUUUUAGUAUUGAUUUUUGUUUUUGUAUAAGGAUGUUUGGAUUUAUUAAGACACUUGCAACGACGUUUGAUAUUCCAGGGUUCAAUUGGAAAGGAUUGAUUCUUGGGUUCACUACAGCUCAGUUUAUAUUUGAGAACUACUUGACAUAUCGUCAGUAUAAAGUAUUGCAAAAGAGCGAGCCACCUGAGACACUUAAAUUAGAUAUCCCCAAGGAGACAUUUAGUAAAUCUCAGUUAUAUUCCAGGGCUAAGGCUAGGUUUUCAAUCUUUUCAGAUAGUUAUUCGUUUUUAUUGAAUUACACUGUUAUUCAAUUUAAUGUAUUGCCAAAAUUAUGGGGGAUAAGUGCCAAACUAAUGAACAGUGAUAUAACCAAAUUCAUCUUACCAAAAUUUAUGGGGGGAGUUAUAACACAGUCGUUAUUUUUCUUAUUCAGUUUCCAAUUUAUUUCCAGUUUAAUUUCGAUACCUAUUUCAUAUUAUGAACAUUUUGUUUUGGAAGAAAAAUUUGGGUUUAACAAACAGACCAAAGCUCUUUUUUUCACGGAUAUUAUAAAAUCAUUAAUCUUGGGUGUUAUAAUUGGGUCACCAUUAAUUGCAGGAUUUCUUAAAAUUAUUGAUUAUUUUGGCGACAAGUUCAUUUUUUAUAUCUGGAGUUUUUUAUUUGUUGUUCAAUUAGCUAUGCAGACAUUGUAUCCCUUUAUUAUUCAACCAUUUUUCAACAAGUUGACCCCAUUGGAGGAAGGAAAACUAAGAACAUCUAUUGAAGAAUUAGCCAAGAAGCAAAAAUUCCCAUUAACCAAGUUAUACGUCAUCGAUGGGUCUAAGAGAUCAUCACAUUCCAAUGCAUACUUUAUGGGAUUGCCAUGGUCAAAACAAAUUGUGUUGUUCGACACAUUGAUUGAAUCAUCCAGUGUUGAGGAAACAACGGCUGUGUUAGGUCAUGAGAUCGGUCAUUGGUACUUAAGUCACAAUAACAAAAUGAUCGGUAUUGCUCAAUUGUAUUCAUUUUUCUUGUUCACAUUAUUCCAAAUCUUCAUCCACAACAACUCGCUAUACAAUAAUUUUGGGUUUUUGAACAAGCCAUAUCCUGUGAUCAUUGGGUUUUUGUUGUUCAAUGACAUCUUGAAGCCCUUGGACUGCUUUCUAACCUUUGGCAUGAACCUUUUGUCGAGAAAACACGAGUACCAAGCCGAUGCGUACGCCGUCAAGUUGGGCUACUCGCAGCAGCUCUCCAGGGCAUUGAUCAAGUUGCAGAUUGAGAACUUGUCGACGAUGGACGCAGACUUCCUCUACUCGAGCUACCACUACUCCCACCCAAUCCUCAGUGAGAGGCUCAAGGCCAUUGGCUACGUUGCAGACGAGAAGGUCAAAAAGACCAUCUGAACGGGUCGCACUUUGCCUGUUCUGGCUGGUUGGAG